GCUCUCUCAGACUGCGCGAGAGCUGUGCUGUGUUGUGUUGCGUAUGUAGGUAUAUUUAUAUACAUAUAUAGGUGCAGGUAUAAGCAGUCUACGCAGAGAGCCUCGAUCUCGCGAGUUCUUGGCCACAUAACAAUAGCUCAACGAGUGUCGUUGUCAGUGUAUACAUUGGCACACAUUAGAUCGCGAAUACAAAGUAUCGGGCCGAUACAAAGGAUACACGCGUGGAUGCAAUGGCUCGGAUACUGGCUGCGUUAUCGUCAUUGACGACCUAAUUGUCAGUGCUGGUGGAGAAGUGAAUGGUGCGCGUUAUACAUUAUAACGAGCGGAUAACCGCGAGAGCAGCGCGCGCUCGAGACUAGACACUACACGUCUACGAAGAGCCUUCGUAUAGUUUGUUCAGUGGAUCGUUGAGCCCAGCGCACCACGUAGCGGAGCGUGUGCUCGGCGCUCAAGGAGAAAUAAUCAUAGCACCUCGACAAUCGUUUGGCACAUUUCGUCAGCCUUUGAUGCGGCUGGAGGAAGAAAAGGUAGUCGCAAACGACGACGACGACGACGACGAAGAGGACGAAGAUUUAGCUGUUGAUCUCGUUGUAAAUAGAGGGUAUCAGCCGAUGAGUGACAGCAGACGAGUUGUGCGCGUUGCCGACGUUGUACUGCUGCAGCAAGUAGGAGCUGCUCGUCGUUGUGCGGAAGGAGCCAGCGCGAGCGAUAGCCGCGUUCUAGCGCUCGCAGCGAGGAGGAGGACGAGACAGCAGCACUCGGAGCCUCGUCGGGCCUCGAGACUGUCAGGAUGGCGACCACCACGAGCAGCUGCUGCUCCGAGGGCUCGUCGUGUCACGCGCCGGCCGACUUCACCCUGUCCGCGGAGCUCGACGACGAGGCCCACGAGCGCCCGGCCAAUCUGCUCAAGUGCCCGCUCUGUCGCAAUGGCCGUAAGAACUUUUACUGCAGGCAGUGCGUGCAGAACGGCGAGUUCUUGCACACGAUAUCGCUCUUUUGCGAGAAAUCGAAUUAUUUGUAUCACAGCUCCAGGUUCUGUGAUAAGCAGCAGCGCUUGGCACGAUUAAAAACCGCCCGAAAUCAGCUGGAAGAAAGAUGCACGAGAGCGAUGGAAAAACGUAAACAACGCGACGAACUGAUUUGCGAUAUAAGUGCUUGUAAAGAAAGAUUAAGGCAGCUUCAAAACAUUCAAAAAGAAACAAAACAAAAUAUAAAUCGAGGAAACCAGCGUCUCAGCGUUUUGAAGGAAAAUAACUCGCAAUUAGAUUUAAAAAUGCCUAAGCACGAAGAACAAAUCGAAAAAUUACGGAAACGCGUCACUGAAUUAAAAGUCAAGCAAGAGAGGCAAAAAGAAUCUGUGGAGAAAAAGAGGUUGCAGUUAAAGAAAGCCAUUAGAAUAGCUGCAAAGCAAUUAAUUGAGUACAUAUUUCCCCUUAGUCAAGUUGACCCAAGUGAAUGCUUGAAUAAAAGUGAAGAUGAAGGAUCAUGUACAGACAUGAUUGCUUUUGCUCUAGCUGAUGCAUCUGGAACUUCAUAUGUUAGGGGUAAAUGGAUCAAUGACACAGAAAAUAGCUUGGAACUACAUCAUCGUAUUGUGGCUCCUACUUUGCCUGGAUCUGGAGAUUACAGUGCUUACAGUCUGUGGGUUGCUCAAAACAAAGACAGUGUUCCAGGUGGGAAUAAAGAAAAUGCCAUGCACAAUCCUGCUUACAACAUCACAUCAGCACUAGCAUAUGCUGCACAACUUGUUAAUGUUCUAGCUCACUACUUAAAUGUCAGACUUCCAUAUAAACUUGCUUAUGGAGAAUUUUAUGGCAGUGAAAUGUCUGAUCAAAAAUUUGCUCGCAAAGUAGCUAGAUUAAAUAGCAAUAUAUUACACCUUUGCUUUUCACAAAAUACUGAAACAUCUGUUUUACAUCCAAUGCAUACUUUACAAAACUUGAUUCAUCUACUGAAUACCGACAUAAGUGACCUGGGAAGAAUUGGACCUAUUGAAGUUGACCCAAAUUUAAUGGCACAAUUCAAUAGUCAACUAGCUCAAGAUUUAGAAAACAGUGAUGACUCUGCAUCUGAUGAAGAAGAAGAUGCUUUCAACUGGGAAUGGGAAGCUGUUCCAAAUGUUGCUUGUCCUGAAAUGGUAGUUCCUAUUCCAGGAGGCAUGACUAGCCAACAGUCUGCAAGUAUGCAAGUUAAUCAAAGUGUAGCAGGUGGUUUAGUGACAAGUGCAGCUGCAAGUAUUGCAUCUAUAUGGAGAGGUUGGACUACCAACAAAUAGCAUGAAUUCAAUUUUUUUACUUUGCGUUUUAAGUGCAGU